AUGUCUAAUGCUAUAAUAGGUAGAAAAGUUGAUAAAGAAGUACUCUUUAAUAUUGAUGGAUAACCAAUUAAUGAUGGUAAUAAUUCAUUAAAUGCUUAGAUGUUAAAGUAUUAAAGUUUGCAGCCACUCCAUAACCAUAAUUAGUUAAAUAAUCAAAAGAGUCUGUUAAAAAAGAAAAAACAAAUAAGUAAUAGAAUAAUUAGAAUAAUAACUCAUCAUAGAAAACUAUACCUAAAAAGCCUACAUAAAUUCCAAAUUCAAAAAAAACAACGGAAUCAAAUAAAUAAUAACCAUUAAAAUAAUCAUAAACUGUAUUUAAAAAUAUUACAAAUCAUCCAAAAUCAUCAUAGUUAUCUUCACCUGAAUCUCAAAAAUCACCAUAACAAUCUCCUAAAUAUAAAUCACCAAUAAAAAGAACAGAUGCUCCAUAUAGAGAACCAAGAUAAUUUAAACCUUUGAGUGAAUAAUUCCCAAAUUUAGUUGGAACAUUAUUUGAAUAAAAGAAAUUUACAGAAGAUGUAGAUGAUGAUGAUUCAUAAACAAGUGGAACUGAAUCCUAUAUCUCAGAUAGAGAAUAAGGAGAUGAUGAAAUUAGAUAAGCACCUUAACCAGAAUAAUUAUAAAGAAAUUUAAGUAAAAUUGUUUCAACUGAAAACAAUAAAAAAUAAGUUUAUUCAAAAAAAGAAGAAGCUGAAAGACAGGAAAGAAUAAGAUAAUAAAAAUUGUAAUAAAGAGAAAGAAUGAAAAAAUAUGGUAAAUAAUAAAUUGUUAGAGCUUAAACUUAAAGAGAAAAUUGUGAAUAAAAAUUUGCUUGGGGAGUUAAUUAAAAAAAAUUAUAAGAUGAAAAAAUCAAAUUUAUAAAAUUAUAAGAAGAAAAAGAAUAAGAAAGAUUGUUAAAGAUUUAAUAAUAAGAAGAAGAAGAAGAAAAAGAAAAACCAAAUUAAAUUAAUUUAACUAAGUUAUUCCCUGAAAGUUAAGAUAGAGAAUCUCGUUAUAAAAAAAUGUGGAUAGAAGAAGCAAAAAAAUCAGUUGAUAAAAAAUAAUUCUCAUUAUCUUAAAGAGAUAAAACAAAGUCUCCUAUCAAAUGUAAGACCUAAAAUUCAUCUAAAUUAAAUUAAGAUUUUUUUGAAUAGAAUGCUAAAAAUAUUAUUCAUGAAAUUAAAUAAUAAAAAAAAUAAAAACAAAAAGAAUCAAUAAUAAAAAAACAUAAGAUUGAUUAUAUUAAUAGAUAAGUUAAAGCUAUAUUUUCAUCAAUGAAAAAAAGAAAAUGGACACCAAAUAAAGAAUUUGACAAUAAAGUUGGACCAUCUGUUAGUCUAAGUAGAAUUAAGUAGAAUAAAGAUGAUUUAGGAGUUAAAGAAAUGUUUGAAGAAGCUGAAAAUGAAGCAGAGGAUCUAAAUGAAUAAGGAAUCAUUAAACACUAUUAAUAAAAAGUAAAAAAUGGUAAAGUUAUGACUACAAGAGAAGUUAGAGAAUUUAAAGAAGAUUAAGAUAAGAAAUAGAAAAAAUUAUAAAAAUUUAAAACUGAUCUUAAAGAUAGAAAAAACAUUACUUUAAAGAAUCCAGAACCAUUAACAGAAAAAGAACUCAAAGUAAAAAGAGAAAUUGGUUAAUAAAUAGAUAUUAAAGGAGAAGUUGAAUAAUAAAUAAAGAAAUCUUAAAAUAAAGAACCUAGAAAUCCUUAGAAAGCAUAAAAGACAUCUAUUUAAGAACCAGAUUUAGGAGAAUUCAUAUUUGCAGAAGCAGAAUUACCUUAAUAUAAAGGAGAUUAUGAGGAAGAAUAAAGAAUGGGUUAUAGAGAAUAAAUUGAAUUGGAAAUAAAAGAUUAAAUUCUUAUGUAGAAAAAGAAGAGACCAGCUGUAAGAGAGGUUUUGUAAGAGAAGCCCAGAUAAGAAUAUGCUCGUAAACCUUAAGAAAGAGAGAAAGGUCCAAAAUACAGGAAAGAGCAAAAAUUUGUAAGUUAGCCUAGAAAUCCUGUAUUUCAUGAUUUAGGUGAAGUAUAAUUAUUGGAAGAUGAUAUGUUCAAUGCAUAACAUUCCAAAUGGACUCCUUAUGCUGGAAAAUUAAUUGACAAUAGUAGUGAUGAGGAAGAUGACAGAGAUUUCUUAGACAAAACUACAAUUUAAUUGAGAUCAAAUCUUAAAAAAGGUAAAGAAAAUUUUGGAUAAAAAACAUAUUCAAAAUCAGUAUAGGGAAAGAAAAGUGUUAAUUUUAGAGAACCAGAAAGUGAAAAAAAAGAUUAUGGAAAUCAAUAUAUUAUAGAAUAAAAGGAAUAAUUAAUGAGAAUAGUUUAAAAGUAAUUUUUAGAUUAAUAAUAUCUAGUUAAAAAUCUAAAGGAUAAAUGACAAGUGAUGAUGAUUCAGAUGUUGAUUUUUGUAAGGGUUAUUCAUCAUAGAUUUGGUUAGCAACAGAUCCUAUGAAACGUGAUGUCUUUAUAAUGUCAUCGAAAGAAUUAAUGGAUUUACCACAUAUAUAGUUAUGA